AUGCCUGAUGCUGCAUUAGAGCCAUUUGUUGAAAUUCCUUUGAAUAGAGAUGCGGCAUUCCAAAUUCCUAAAAAACAAAGCGACUUAGUUUAUAAUUCAGAACAGAGCGUAGGAAGCAGGAAACAGAAUGAUUCGGUUUGUAAUACGGGCCGAAGCGAGGGAAGCAAAUUAAAAACUAAUCGGAAUUCAGAAACAAACUUAAAAAUGUCAGUAACAAGUAGACAAAGUCAGAAGUUCGCGAUGGCCCAGUGGAAAUUAGCACAACUUGAAGCAAGGCAGUUACUCUUGGAUGAGCAACAUAAACUCGAAACUGAAAUGCGAGAAAAAGAAUUUAAAACAGAAAUGGCUAGAUUGCAAAUGAAGAAAGAAAUUAUUGAUGCUCAAGGAGAAGUUGGCAUAUGUGCCCUAGAAUCUCAGUAUUCACAAGUCGAUGAUGACCAUGCGUUAGAGAGGAGGUCACUGCAAUCUCUGAAUAUUGAAAGUCAGACUCUUCAUCAGAAGAUGGAGAAAUUUUUCAGUUCAGAAUUUCCUGGCGACUGUUGUAAUCACAAAUCAGAACCACGGAAGUUGGAUGAAAAUUUGGUUAACCAAGACCUAAAAACUGUUGAUGUGGACAAUUAA